AGGCUCGAUUCUGGGCUCACUUACCAAUAUAUCAUCCCCUCGUUGUGCCUUAUAACUGUCGCCCAACUGCCGACAACGUAUCUCCUGCUAUGCAGAUCUCUCGACUCGGGGCCGUCUUAGGUCUCUUCUCAUACUUUGGCCUGGCUACGGCUCAGACAUACACGAGCUGCGAUCCUCUGGACAAGACCUGUCCUGCGGACACCGCACUGGGAAAGUCUGCAUCCUAUGACUUUACUUCCGGAAGCUCCUCCGCCUUUGAGGCAACGGGUACCCCCACGUAUAGUGACGAUGGGGUUGCAUUCACAGUGGCCAAAGAGGGGGAUGCCCCCUUGAUUCAAUCCAAAUGGUACAUCAUGUUCGGACGGGUUGAAUAUGUGAUCAAAGCAGCUCCCGGAACCGGUAUCGUCAGCAGUGCCGUAUUGCAAUCGGACGACUUGGACGAGAUUGAUUUGGAAUGGCUUGGUGGAAAUGACAACGAGGUACAGAGCAACUAUUUCGGAAAAGGGGAGACCACCCCCGACAAUCGAGGAGCAACCCACAGCGUCGCCAACUGUCAUGACGAGUUCCAUACAUAUACCGUCGAUUGGACCAGCGAGCAGCUUGUGUGGCAGAUCGACGGAAAGACUGUGCGGGUGCUUACCCCCGAAACUGCCAAUGCCAACCAGUACCCCCAGACACCGAUGGUGGUGAAAGUGGGAAUCUGGGCGGGCGGUGAUCCAAACAAUGCACAAGGCACGAUAGACUGGGCCGGUGGAGAAACUAAUUACAGUGCUGGGCCGUACACCAUGUACAUGAAGUCCCUCGAAGUCACGGACUACUCGACUGGAUCGUCAUACUCAUACAGUAACAAGAGUGGACUGUGGGAGUCAAUCACCUCGGAUGGAGGCAAGAUCAACGGCAAUAUUGGUGCUGACACAAUCUCUUCCCAAUCGGCCCCGACUAUAACGGCGACGGUCAGCAUCCCGAUUCCCUGGCCUGGUACGCAUCGCGAGACUUCAAGUUACGUGACUCCCGACGUCUGGCCUUGGGUUACUGGGACAGGAGCAGCCGCCUACACCGGUACUUGGUCCUAUUCAGGUUCCGGACAAAUCCAGCCGCCAAGUGCGGCUUCCGUGAUCUUUCUCCCAGUCUACAUCAGUCUGCUCGCGGUCUGUGCCGGCUUCAUCAUCCCCCUUCGUCUCUAGAACUGGCUCGAAGGUCAGCCUGGGACGGACCAGUACGAUAGCGACCAGCUUGAUCACGCCGACGAGGACCAGCUCGAUAGCGACAAACCCAAUCAUGACGAAUUCGUCUUUGACCAGCCUCACGAGGACCAGCUUGAGGACGAGCAGCGCGAUGGUGUCCAGUCCUAUUAUGACUAGCUCAUUGCUGAGCAGUCCGACAGUGGCCAGUUCGAUUGUGGCUAGCUCGGCGACAACCGGCUUAAUGACUAGUCCUCAAUCUGGCUCGACAUUCACCGGCUCAAAC